AAAUCAAUUUGAGAGUGACAAAGAGCCAGCGAGGUUUGGAAACAGAAAGCGUGAAAAAGACCGUAUCAAGUAGAGUCCAGACUUUGGCUGCGUCUCGUCACCGUUGAUUAUUAUUCCGAUAGAUCGAUUUCUACUUGGUCCUCCUCUAAUUUUCUAUCCAAAUCUUGAAGAAACUGAUUCUGGUUAAUGCCUGUGAGUUACCCUGAGGUUACGGUGGUUGAAGAAGACAAUGAACAUAACGAGAGAGAUAAUGAUAACACCAUUAAGAAGAAGAAGAAGAAAAAGGAAGCUAAAGGGAAUCGAUUCUUGAUCCCUUUCGUCUCAAAAGCUAAGAAACGAAUCGUAUCUAAGAUCACAAGGAAACCCUUAUCUCCUGCUUCUUCUGGGUUUUGGAAAAGAGUUUGCUUUUGUGGAACUGAACCUACCAAUUCAUUGGAAUGGUCAUCUUCUUCCAAUCCUGACCCUGAAGAUGUCAACUUUACGCUUAGGGUUCUGCUACAGACCAAUGAUUUCUUCUCCAAGGACUCUAAUCCACAUCUCUGUUUGUAAGUUCAUCAAGUAUAGAUUUCACUUCUGUAUAGAUCUUCUUUCAAAAUUCAUCAAUACGAUAAUAUCCACAAGUGUGAUCAUCAAUGUUACUAAAGAUUUGUGCAGAACAAUAUUGAAAUUGGUUAUUGCCACAGAGUGAUUAUUGUUAAUCAAUCUUGUAUAUCCUCUUAUGCUCAUCAUUAAUAUCUGUGGGUCUUUCCUGUCUC